AUGGAGGUGACAGCGGCGGCGGGUGCUUGCUGCCGUGGGCGGGACGACCACCACGCCGGCGAGGAGGAGAGGAGCAGUGCCAAGGACGCCAAGGUGGUUGUGCCUGUCGGCAGCGACGGCGCGGAGGUGGAGCCGUGCGUCAUCGCCGUGGACGACAGCUCCGUUGACCGCGCCCUCGUCACCGCGCUCCUCCGACGCUCCAAGUACAGAGUCACCGCGGUUGACAGCGGCAAGAGGGCGCUGGAGGUUCUGGGCUCGGAGCCGAAUGUGAGCAUGAUCAUCACAGACUACUGGAUGCCAGAGAUGACCGGCUACGACCUGCUCAAGAAGGUCAAGGAGUCUUCGAAGCUGAAGCAGAUCCCAGUCGUGAUCAUGUCCUCCGAGAACGUGCCCACCAGGAUCACCAGCUCUGAAUUUGGUUUCAGAUGCCUGGAGGAAGGUGCGGAGGACUUCCUGCUGAAGCCCGUCAGGCCGUCCGACAUCUCCCGCAUAACCACCAGGAUGCUGCUGCACUGA